UCUUAUCUCGUUAAUCCUAAUCGUAAUCCUAAUCAUAAUCAAAAUCAAAUUUAAAUUACUUACCAUUCACACUCGCUCCUCAACCACAAAACCUUUGCUUCAUUAAUAUCAUUUUCCCUCUCAUGGACUAUUGUAGCGAAAGAGAGACAGAAGGAAAGCAAGCGCACGAUCCUCUAUUCAUAGCAAUGAAAAAUUGUGGUUAUAAAUCCAGGUCCUUAACAAGGAAUAAGAAUAGAAAGGAAUGGAUUGAAGGUCCGGUGAUUGUGGGAGCCGGACCUUCCGGACUGGCCACGGCAGCAUGCCUCAAAGAAAAAGGCAUCCCGUCCGUAAUCCUGGAGCGAUCCAACUGCAUAGCUUCCUUGUGGCAGUUAAAAACCUACGACCGCCUUCACCUUCACUUGCCCAAGCAAUUCUGCGAGCUUCCAUUGAUGGGAUUCCCUCCAGAUUUUCCCACCUAUCCAACCAAGCAGCAGUUCGUACAGUACUUGGAGGACUAUGCGGACCGGUUCGGGAUUAGGCCGCGGUUCAAUGAGACCGUGGACCGAGCCGAGUUCGACUCCAGAAUUGGGAUGUGGAAGUUGAUCACUAGUGGCGGUUCAAGUACUGAGUACACGUGCCGGUGGUUGAUCGUGGCCACCGGCGAGAAUGCGGAGGCAGUGGUGCCGCAGAUUGAAGGGAUUCAGGAGUUUCAAGGGGCUAUAAGGCACACGAGUUUGUAUAAAAGUGGAGAAGAAUUUAGAGGGAAGAAGGUUUUGGUUGUUGGAUGUGGAAAUUCCGGCAUGGAAGUUUGUUUGGAUCUUUGUAACCAUGAUGCUGCUCCUUCACUUUGUGUUAGAGAUUCAGUACACAUCCUACCACGAGAGAUGCUGGGAAAAUCAACUUUUGGGCUGUCCAUGUGGUUACUGAAGUGGUUCCCAUUGCGACUUGUCGAUCGGUUCCUCCUGAUCGUGUCAUGGCUCAUGCUAGGUGACACUUCGCGGUUCGGUUUGGAUCGGCCUCGUUUGGGUCCCCUCGAACUCAAAAACCUCUCCGGAAAGACCCCUGUCCUAGAUGUGGGUACCCUUGCCAAGAUUAAAGGUGGAGACAUUAAGGUGCGUCCAAGCAUAAAGCGGCUAAAACGUCACACUGUGGAGUUUGUCGAUGGAAGAAUAGAGAAUUUUGAUGCCAUCAUUUUGGCAACUGGUUACAAAAGCAAUGUACCCUAUUGGCUAAAGGAAAAUGAUAUGUUCUCAAAGGAAGAUGGUUUCCCAAUGAAGCCAUUCCCAAAUGGGUGGAAAGGAAGGAAUGGACUCUAUGCUGUGGGUUUCACCAAAAAGGGACUACUUGGUGCAUCCAUUGAUGCAAAGAGAAUAGCUCAAGACAUUGAGAGGUGUUACAAACAUGAGGCAAAUAAUCAUAAUGCUAAUAAUGCCUUCUCUCUCUCACUUUUCCCUCAAUCAAAUUCAUAGAAAAAAAGUUUUGGGGUCAAAAAAGUCAAAUCACAAAUGGGGGAAGAGUUUUCUCAUCAAUUGAGAAAGAAAGUGAUGAAGUUAUAGUACAUGGAUGAAAUUAAGGGGGGAGAGAAAAAAAAGAUUCCUUUUUUAUGAUGAUGAUGAUGAUGAUGAUGAUGCUAUAUGGUACUAUAACUCAUCACUCAUAUGAUCAUGUGCACACUAUAUGCUAGUACAAAAAAAAACAUGGUGUGCUAGCUCUUCCUCCUCCAAUUAAUCAAUCCAUAAAUGGAGAAAAAGUGGGGGCAAAUUAAAGCAAAAAGGAAAAAAGUUUUGAGGAAUUUACUAAAAUGCCCUUGAACUUAUUUUUCAAUGAUUCAUCAUCUACCGACUUGGGGUUGAAAAGGAGUUAUAAUUGAAUUGAAGUUGAAGGAAAAGAAGAAGUUAUAUAUGGCUUCUUUACACAUUAUUUUUUUUCCUUUCACUUGGGGGGACCUUAGCUCUCUAUGAGUCUUGUAAAUUGUUACCCUUUUGUUUCCCUCCUAAGUAGGUUUUGACUUUCAAGAAAGAAAAGAGAGAAGUUUAUGAAUGAAUGCAUAAGAAAGUGUGGGGUUGUGGAGAAAAGUGUCUGGUAUGUGAUUGAGAAAGAAGUGAUUGCGGGUUAACCUAUAUUUCCAAUUUUU